AUCCUGCAUUAUUGUGUCUUUUAUAGAUAUUUACAGUAUUUGUAUUCUUAGAGAGAACAGUAAUCCUCUCAACUACUGAGGGCCUCUGAUUGCUCAGCCAUGUUUGGUUGUAGGAGUAAGUACAUAUGGGGGGGAGCACAGCACACAUAAAUAAUCAUAGGUCAAUGCACUAUCUGGGCUGAGAUGAGGAGUAUAAGAAACGGUGAGACAAGGAGCUACAUUUCCAUCAAUUCAAGCUGUCAGAACUUCAGAGACAGCUGAUAGGAUGGAGCAAGCAAUGAUUCUGGUUUGUGUGCUGGUCCUCCAGGGGGUCCCUGUGCAGGGGGACUUCGAUCAGCAGGUGAACAGUACUGUGGAGCCCUCUGUGGCUCCUGCAGACGUGGAGAAUCCUACUGUUGAUACAACUCUGUUCAGUAGAACAGAGGUCUGUGAUGCAGCACCAGAAAUUGGUCCAUGUAAGGUCUUUGUUGAACGUUACUUCUACAACUCUUCCUCAAUGAGCUGCAAGGUCUUCAUCUACGGAGGGUGUAGGGGCAAUCUGAACAACUUUAAAAAUGAGACAGAGUGUAUGCAGCGAUGUCACACUGAAGGAACAGGACAAACAGGACAAACAGGACAACAGGUGAACAGUACUGUGGAGCCCUCUGUGGCUCCUGCAGACGUGGAGAAUCCUACUGUUGAUACAACUCUGUUCAGUAGAAUAGAGAUCUGUAAAGUGCAGCCGAAAACAGGUCCAUGCAAGGCGCGUUUUAAACGUUACUUCUACAACUCUUCCUCAAAUAGUUGCAAGGUCUUCAUCUACGGAGGGUGUAGGGGCAACCUGAAUAACUUUCAAAGUGAGACAGAGUGUAUGCAGCGAUGUCACACUGAAGAAUGGCUCCCAAAGUAAAGGAUUUGUUCUGUGGAAGUCCUUUUCUGCGGCAGACCAACUCAAAUUCAGUGCAGGAGAAAAUGUUUCCUGAAGGCAAAAGUAAGAUGAAGAAACAUCGCUGCUCACCUGAACUCAUCAUGGAGAGAUACCACAUGAACCAGCAUUACAUAAAUACAUUACAGCACAUUAAAGAAGUAUUAUGAUUUUGUGUCAGCACUCACAGAAUAUCUGAAAUUAUUUUAUAACAGAUCACCAAUAAAAUAACUAAUUACUCUG